AUGCUAGAAGAUUGUCUUAGUGAUAGCUGGGAUUGUUCGUUGCUACAACAAGUGAGUUCUGUACCUCAAAAUGAUCACCUUCUUCUGAAAGAGAAGUGUUUCUUUGUCCUAGGUUAUCUCAGCAUCUUGGGCUGGGUUAACUUGACAGAAAUGAACACCAGUCCUUCACAGGAAUCUGGACCAGUUAUAGUAUAUCUUCCAUCUCACCCAACGAGGGAAGAGUGGAGUAACAUCAUAGGUGCAAGCAAAAGGGGAGUUGCACUGACUGGGAGUGCAGCGAUGGGGCAAAUUGGACCAGUUUUAGGACUUAUUGAUAUUGGGGAGUGUGAAGACUCUUACCUGUUCCGUGUAUCACUUCCUGGAGUGAAAAGGGAUGAAAGUAUGUUUUAUUUUGGGAUAUGA